UGCAAUAUUUGGCCACUAUAGUCCCAUUGUGCGACGCUUACUUCAAUUAACUUCCCUCUAUGGCUGAUUCACCAGUCAGCAGUAGGGCAGUCGACGUUUGUGCUUUUCCGCGCUUCUGCUCAGUUUAACCCUUUUCAGAUAGCUAUCCUUGCUCCUUGCUGUCACGCGGCAGCAAUCAGCGUCAACAACGUGAGUGUGUUAGUAUUUUUUCACAUUGUAGUAGAUAUACAUACAAGACUGUGUGUGUGAUAUUUACCUUUUUGUGCGCUUCGCCAAGCAACUUCAAGAAUUUUCCCUCCAAGAAAGUUAGUAGUCACAAAUGCAGCGACGACGGUCGGUCACACAGAAACAGACGACAGUCGACAGCCGCGAUAACCACGAUUUCUAUAGCGCAAACAAGCUAAAGGCAAUCGUCGACCGACCGAGCAGCCGGCCGGCUUCUGCACACAGCACAACAGUUGUCCAACGACGACGCGAUUGACUAGAACUUGGUUUGCCAUCAAUUAGAACGGAUGAGUGGCGCGCAUUACCGCGUAGACGGUGCACAAAACAAAGCAAAGCAAAAAAACAAAAAUUUGAAAUUUGGAAGAAACCAACAAAAAACAAAUAUUACUAACUAAGAUUAAACCAUAAAAAAAAAUAUAUUAAAAACGCAACAGACGUUUUAACGCAAAAUAGUUUUAGUGUAUCCUUGCAAGUGUAGCAUUGUUGUUUUUUUGCCGCCGAAUUGUAUUUUAGUGACUAACACACCUACGAGCAUCCUGCAUCCUGCAUCUUGCGACUUAAAACUUCUGUCUUGUUGUGUUUCUUAGAGUGGUGUGCAUCCCAAAAAAAAAAACAAGUAGCAUUCGUACAUUCGUAGUUUGCAUGUUUCUCCAACACAUUUCGCGCCACAUUUUGUAUUUUGUGUGUGUUUUUCUUAGUUGUAUAUUUUUGUAUUUCAUCUCCUCCUCAAUCUCCUACCCCCACCCCAUCGGAACCACACAUUAUCCACGCUCACCCACUCCUUGCGCGCAAUGGAUUCAAGCAACGGCGGCAGCAGCAGCUUUGUCAACGUUUCGACUACAAAUGCCUCCAGCGUCACAGCUUCGGCCACAAUAACCCCCGCCCCCGCCUCUACGUUAGCAUCAGCCGCUGCGACUACUGCCUGCUCCUUAACGACUACAGCGACUACGACCAUUCCCAGCAGCAGCGGCAGCAGCAAUUCGAGUGCAACCGCCUCGACUGUGUCAGCCGGCUUAUGUGCCGUCGGCAAUCAGACUGCAACUACAACAGUUUUGGCGCCGAUCGCGUCGGCAGCCGCAGGCGCUGUGGGUGGCGCUAUUAGCUUAAUGACGUCAACAGCUGCGGCGACACAAACGCUGCAGCCGUUUCCUGUAUCCGAUGUUUCUUCUAAGGGCGAAGAUAUCAAUAAUUCUUCGCUAGCCAGUGGCAUCUCGGAAGGACAACGCUCCAUAUCUGCUGCCCCAUCCGCCUCGUCGAGCCCGAUUUUGAGUCCGCCUGGCAAAAUUUUCGGCCGCAAUGCCAAUGGAACGAUGGUGGCUACCUCACGUCCAAACAAUGAGGCCGAAACGCAACUCUAUCGCGUACUUCAACGUGCCAGCUUACUUGUCUACUACGACACGCUGCUGGAAAUGGGCGGUGAUGAUGUGCAACAACUGUACGAAGCAGGUGAAGAGGAAUUUCUGGAAAUCAUGGCCCUAGUAGGUAUGGCUUCUAAACCUUUACAUGUACGACGCCUACAAAAAGCAUUACACGAGUGGGCCAACAAUCCAGUGCUGUUUCAGGGUCCCUUAAGUUCUACGUCUAGCACACCAGGUCUCUUCGACACCCCCACCAAAUCGCCAGCGCUCCUUAUGAAACCCGAUGUCUCGCCAUCGUUCACACGAACCACGUUUCCCUCCUUCAAUCCUGCACCCGCCUUCAAUCCCACACCUCUAGCCGCCACAUCCUCCCACCUAAUUUCACAAAUGUGUCAGCCUAUGAUUUCGGUGCCCGUCAUCCAGCCACACACCCCAAUGCCACUUCCUGCAACUGUCCUACCUGCUGCCGCUACGCCCCAAGCGCCGCCUAUACUAAGCGCCUCUACUGGUGCCGGCAGUACGGCUGGCACUACACAUCAAGUAUCCUCCAGCUCGCCACAACUUACGCCUGUGCUCACGGAAAUGCAAGUGGCGCGCAUAACACAAGGUGCUGAGAAAAUUGCACGCCAACUGCCGCAACGCGAACCGCGCGCACACACGUCGAAGAAACGUACCAGUCGCGAGCUGGAACAAGUGAUCGCUAUGAAUGAGAAUGAUCCGCGACGCAUGGAUGAGAUACGUAAGUACUCGGCCAUCUAUGGACGUUUCGAUUGUAAGCGUCGGCCAGAGAAGCCGCUUACGCUGCACGAAGUUUGCGUCAAUGAGGCAGCGGCGCAGCUGUGUCGAUUAGUGCCACCACUGUUGACGCGUCGUGAUGAACUCUUUCCGCUAGCGCGUCAAAUUGUUAAGGAUGCCGGUUUUGGGCAUUCGGCAGAUAUACCCAUGUUCAAAGAUAUUUGA